CCCUUCCUACUCCACUCUCAUCAAUCCUCUCUCUCCUUCCCUCUCCCCCUUCUGGCCUUCUCUCUCCCCUCUCCAUCAUCCUCUGUCUUCAGCAUCCAAUGCCUCUCUAAACCCUUGAACCCAUUCCUCCUACACCACCUCAUAGCAACCCAUUUCUCUCUCUCUCUCUCUCUCUCUCUCUCUCUCUCUCUCUCUCUACAGCUCCUUCCAAAGAUGAAAAUCCAUCUGGGUUUUAACCUCUUACUCAUUUGCCUCAUUGGGUUUUCUUCAAUCUUCACGUUUGGAGUAGUAUCCCAAACCAACCCAGCUGAUGCUGAAGCCAUGUUAUCUCUCAAGAACAGCUUAAACCCACCCGAUACUCUCGGGUGGUCCGACCCGGAUCCGUGCAAGUGGAGCCACGUGGACUGCUCAAAUGACAACCGGGUAACCCGGAUCCAAAUCGGGCGCCAGAACCUCCAAGGUAAUCUCCCUCCAACCCUCUCAAACCUCACUGAGUUGCAGCGGUUAGAGCUCCAAUGGAACAACUUAACGGGUCCUUUGCCUAGCUUAAACGGGUUGAGCUCAUUACAAGUGUUAAUGCUUGCUAAUAACAUGUUUACUUCAAUCCCUAGUGAUUUCUUUAUGGGUUUGUCAGCACUUCAAUCUGUUGACAUUGGUAAUAACCCAUUUUCCGCUUGGGAAAUCCCACGAAGUAUGUUGAAUGCUUCCUCCCUCCAGAAUUUCUCUGCGAAUUCGGCGAAUAUAACUGGAGAAAUACCGGCCUUUUUGGGGCCUGAUGGGUUUCCCAGCAUGGUUAAUUUGCAUUUGGCUUUCAAUGGGUUAGAAGGGGGAUUGCCAGCGGCUUUUUCCGGGUCGCAAAUCGAGUCUUUGUGGGUCAAUGGGCAGGGGCUAAGUGGUGGGAUUGAGGUUAUUGGAAACAUGACAUUGUUGAAGGAGGUUUGGUUGCAUUCCAAUUCAUUUUCCGGUCCAUUGCCCGAUUUUUCGAGGUUAAAGGGGUUGGAAGUCUUGAGUUUAAGGGAUAACUCAUUCACGGGUCCUGUACCGGUUUCUUUGGUGAAUCUUGGGUCAUUACAAGUUGUCAAUUUGACCAAUAAUUUUUUACAAGGACCAAUGCCCAAGUUUAAUGACUCAGUUGCAGUGGAUAUGGGAGUGGAUAGUAAUAGCUUUUGUUUGCCUCAACCCGGUGAUUGUGACCUGAGAGUGAAUACUUUGAUUUCCAUUGUGAAAUCCAUGGACUACCCGGUUAAGUUUGCUGAGAGUUGGAAGGGAAAUGAUCCUUGUGCGGAUUGGUUUGGGAUUACUUGUAAUGGUGGGAACAUUACCAUUGUUAAUUUUCAGAAUAUGGGUCUAAAUGGCACCAUUUCUCCUGAAUUUGCCUCGAUUAAAUCGUUGCAAAGAUUGAUUCUUGCGGAUAAUAAUCUCACCGGUACUAUUCCAGAAGAGCUUACCACUCUGCCUGCGCUUAGUGAAAUUGAUUUGGAAAAUAACAACCUUUACGGAAAGGUACCAGCAUUUAAGAGUAAUGUGAUAAUGAAUACACAUGGUAACCCGGAUAUUGGAAAGGAGAACAGUAAUUCUUCAUCUUCAGGUGUGUUGCCAAAUGGUGGAAAUAAUGGCAGUUCUAAAAGUGGUCAGAAAUCUAGGCAUUGGAUCGGAAUUCUGGUAUUUUCGCUAAUUGUGGGACUCAUUUUGAUUUUCUUGAUUGGUUUGGCUGCUUUCUGUUGGUACAACAAGAAGCAAAAGAGGUUUACGAGAGUACAAAGCCCUAAUGCAAUGGUUGUCCAUCCCCAAUCAUUUUCUGAUAACGAGGGUGUGAAAAUCACAGUUGCUGGAUCAAGUGUUAGUGUGGGUGCAGUUAGUGAGACCCACACUGUUCCAAGCAGUGAGACCAGUGACAUCCAAAUGGUCGAGGCUGGUAAUAUGGUAAUUUCAAUCCAAGUCCUGAGAAACGUGACAAACAAUUUCAGUCAAGACAAUAUCUUAGGACAAGGAGGAUUUGGGACGGUCUACAAAGGGGAGUUACACGAUGGAACGAAAAUUGCAGUGAAAAGAAUGGAGUCCGGGGUAAUUGCGGGAAAAGGGUUGGCGGAGUUUAAGUCUGAAAUUGCUGUUUUGACCAAGGUUCGACACAGGCACCUUGUCGCUCUUCUUGGUUACUGUUUGGACGGGAAUGAAAGGUUACUUGUAUAUGAGUACAUGCCUCAAGGGACACUUAGUAGGCAUGUGUUCAAUUGGGCUGAAGAGGGGUUGAAACCAUUGGAAUGGACACAAAGAUUGACACUGGCUUUGGAUGUGGCAAGGGGUGUGGAGUACCUCCACAGUUUGGCUCAUCAAAGCUUUAUACACAGAGACUUAAAGCCCUCUAACAUUCUUCUUGGGGAUGAUAUGAGGGCUAAGGUUGCGGAUUUUGGUCUUGUUCGUCUUGCUCCCGAGGGAAAAGGCUCUAUUGAAACAAGGAUUGCUGGAACUUUUGGAUAUCUUGCACCAGAAUAUGCAGUGACGGGGCGAGUGACUACCAAAGUCGAUGUCUACAGUUUUGGUGUGAUUCUAAUGGAGCUAAUCACCGGAAGAAAAGCACUCGAUGAGAGCCAACCGGAGGAAAGCAUGCACCUUGUGACAUGGUUCCGAAGAGUGCAUCUAAACAAGGACACAUUCCGAAAGGCCAUAGACCCCUCAAUCGACCUCACCGAAGAAACCCUAGCCAGCAUCAGCACCGUCGCUGAGCUGGCAGGCCACUGCUGCGCAAGGGAGCCCUAUCAGAGACCCGACAUGGGCCACGCAGUGAACGUGCUCUCAUCCUUGGUGGAACUCUGGAAACCGUCGGACCAAAGCUCAGAGGAUGUUUACGGAAUUGAUUUUGAGAUGUCUUUGCCACAAGCUCUGAAGAAGUGGCAAGAUUUUGAAGGAAGAAGUCAUUUAGAUUCUUCUUCUUCUUCGUUCCCACCGAGCUUGGAUAAUACUCAGACGAGUAUCCCAACUCGGCCUUAUGGAUUCGCGGAAUCGUUUACCUCUUCCGAUGGUAGGUGAUGAGAAGUUUGGGUAUAGUUUUUGGUGUUGAUUAUGGUGGGUUUUUCUUUUCUUGGUUUGUUUGUUUUGUUACUUCUAUUUGCAUCACUCUUUGGCUGUAAUCUAUGCUAGUUUUUUCUUCUUUUCUCUUUCGGCCUGCUUUUUGGUACUCUAAUUUGUUCAGGAUUUCACUGCUGUAGUUUGGAUACUUUUCACAUGGUUUUUUAUGCAAUGGGAAGAGGAUCACAUGAAAAGAAGGUGGUGAUGUUUCUGUUUUUGCCA